CUUGUCUAUCCUCUUCUAGAUCCAAAUCCAAACCCCAUAAUCAAAGCUUCUAAUUUCAUUUUACAAUGGCCGAUGAAGCAAAAGCGAAAGGCAACGCCGCCUUUUCUUCCGGCGAUUUCAACACCGCCGUCAAACACUUCACUGACGCUAUAAACCUUUCUCCGACCAACCACGUCCUUUACUCCAACCGCUCCGCCGCUUACGCUUCCCUCCAUCAAUACGAUGUCGCAUUAUCCGACGCCAAGAAAACCGUCGAUCUUAAACCGGACUGGUCGAAAGGUUACAGCAGGCUCGGCGCGGCUCACCUCGGUUUGCACCAAUACCAAGAAGCUGUUUCGGCAUACAAAAAGGGCCUUGAGAUUGAUCCUAAUAAUGAAGCAUUGAAAUCCGGCUUGGUUGAUGCUCAAUCGGCGGCGACAGCUUCGGCUUCUCGAGCUAGGUCAGCGCAGCCGCCGAACCCAUUCGGUGACGCUUUUCAGGGGCCGGAGAUGUGGGCUAAAUUGACGGCGGAUCCGACUACUAGGGCAUUUUUACAGCAACCGGAUUUUGUUAAAGCGAUGCAGGAGAUUCAGAGGAAUCCUAGCAAAUUGAAUGAGCAUUUGAAAGAUCAUAGAGUUAUGCAAGCUCUGGGUGUUUUGUUGAAUGUUAAGUUUGCACAUGGUGGUGGGGAUGACAUGGAGGUUCCAGAGGCGGAGACACCUUCAUCCUCGAAGCCUUCGCAAUCUUCUAAGGAGGAGGCGAAGAAGCCGGAGCCUGUGCCUGAACCGGAACCGAUGGAAAUCACUGAAGAAGAGAAGAAGAAAGAGAAGAAGGAGAAAGCUUUGAAGGAAAAGGAAACUGGAAAUGCUGCAUACAAAAAGAAAGACUUUGAAACGGCUAUUAAACAUUACACAAAAGCAAUGGAGAUUGAUGAUGAAGAUGUUUCAUAUAUCACCAAUCGAGCUGCUGUUUAUUUGGAAAUGGGAAAGUAUGAGGACUGCAUUAAGGAUUGUGACAAGGCUGUUGAAAGAGGUAGAGAGCUUAGAGCAGAUUAUAAAAUGAUAGCGAAAGCUUUGACUAGGAAGGGAACUGCUUUUGUGAAGAUGGCUAAAUGCUCAAAGGAUUAUGAACCGGCUAUUGAGACUUUCCAGAAAGCUCUUACAGAGCAUCGCAAUCCAGACACAUUGAAGAAACUAAAUGAUGCUGAAAAGGCCAAGAAAGAAUUAGAGCAGCAGGAAUAUUUUGAUCCAAAGAUAGCCGUUGAGGAGCGUGAGGAAGGGAAUGAAUGUUUCAAGCAGCAGAAGUAUCCUGAGGCUGUGAAGCAUUAUACAGAGUCAUUGAGAAGAAAUCCCAAAGAUCCGAAGGCAUACAGCAAUAGAGCUGCAUGCUACACAAAGUUGGGUGCUUUGCCCGAUGGAUUGAAAGAUGCUGAGAAGUGCAUCGAGCUUGAUCCAACAUUUUCUAAGGGUUACACAAGAAAGGGAGCUGUUCAGUUCUUCAUGAAGGAGUAUGACAAAGCUUUAGAAACAUACCAGGAAGGGUUGAAACACGACCCCAAUAACCAGGAAUUGCUUGAUGGUGUUAGAAGAUGUGUAGAACAGAUUAACAAAGCUAGUCGAGGUGAUUUGAGUCCUGAAGAAUUGAAGGAAAGACAGGCCAAAGCAAUGCAAGAUCCAGAAAUCCAAAACAUUCUCUCGGAUCCAGUCAUGAGACAGGUGCUGGUUGAUUUCGAGGAGAACCCAAAGGCAGCACAGGAGCACACAAAGAAUCCUAUGGUGAUGAACAAGAUUCAGAAGCUCAUCUCUGCCGGUAUUGUCCAGAUGAGAUAAAUGUGACCCAAAACUCUUUUUUUCAGUAAAUCUGUACUUUAAAUCUGUACUUUAAUUUGAAUUCGAAUGGAUAAAAGUGGUUCGAGUUGGAAUUUUUCA